GAGUCAUGGGGAGACUGUGUCUGUUUCAGGACACCAUCCAGCAGUUGGAAAAUGAGCUUCGGGGCACGAAGUGGGAAAUGGCCCGUCAUUUGCGAGAAUACCAGGAUCUCCUCAACGUCAAGAUGGCUCUGGAUAUUGAGAUCGCUGCGUACAGAAAACUGCUGGAAGGUGAAGAGACCAGAUUUAGCACAUUUUCAGGAAGCAUCACUGGACCACUGUAUACACACCGACAGCCCUCCAUCACAAUAUCCAGUAAGAUUCAGAAAACUAAGGUAGAGGCUCCCAAGCUAAAGGUCCAACACAAAUUUGUCGAGGAGAUCAUAGAAGAAACCAAAGUGGAAGAUGAGAAGUCAGAAAUGGAAGAGGCCCUGACAGCCAUUGCAGAGGAAUUAGCAGUUUCCAUGAAAGGAAAGGAGGAAGAGGUAGAAGAAAAGGAAGAGGAACAAGAAGCUGAGGAAGUGGUAGCAACUAAAAAGUCUCCAGUGAAAGCUACCGCACCUGAAUUUAAAGGAGAGGAGGAAGGAGACAAGGAGGAGGAAGAAGAGGAGGAAGAAGAUGAGGGUGCUAAAUCAGACCAAGCUGAAGAAGGGGGGUCUGAGAAGGAAGGUUCUAGUGAAAAAGAAGAAGAUGAGCAGGAAGAAGGAGAGACAGAGGCAGAAGGCGAAGGAGAGGAAGUGGAAACUAAGGAAGAGAAGAAAACUGAGGAAAAGAGGGAAGAAGUAGUCACGAAGGUGGAGCUGGUGGCAGAAGCCAAGGUGGAAAAGCAGGAGAAGGCCAAGUCCCCCAUGCCAAAAUCGCCAGUGGAGGAGGUGAAGCCAAAACCGUUGGCUGGAGCUGGGAAAGAUGAGCCGAAAGGGGAAGAAGGGAAAGUGGAGGAAGGAAAGAAAGAAGCAGCAAAGGAAGCUCCUAAGGAGGAGAAGGCAGAGAAAAAGGAGGAGAAGGUAGAGAAAAAAGAGGAGAAGGUAGAGAAAAAGGAGGAGAAGGUAGAGAAAAAGGAGGAGAAGCUGAAAGAUGAGGUAGAGAAGAAGAAAGCUGCAUCCCCGGUGAAGGAGGAAGUCAUGCAGGAGGUGGUGACCAUCACCAAAUCAGUAAAGGUGAGCGUGGAGAAAGGUGCCAAAGAGGAGGAGAAGCCUGGGCAGCAGAAGGAGAAAGUGGAGGGGAGGAGCAAGGAGGAAGGCAGUGAUCAAGGCUCAAAGGAAUCCACCAAGGAAGACAUAGCCAUCAAUGGGGAGGUGGAAGGAAAGGAGGAGGAAGAGCAGGAAACGAAGGAGAAAGGCAGUGGGGGAGACGAGGAGAAAGGUGUUGUCACCAAUGGCCUAGACUUAAGUCCAGCAGAUGAAAAGAAGGGGGGUGAUAAAAGUGAGGAAAAAGUGAUGGUGACCAAAACGAUAGAAAAAAUCACCAGUGAAGGGGGAGAUGGUGCUACCAAAUAUAUCACGAAAUCUGUCACUGUCACUCAAAAGGUCGAAGAGCAUGAGGAGAGCUUUGAGGAGAAAUUAGUGUCUACUAAAAAGGUAGAGAAGGUCACUUCACAUGCCAUAGUAAAGGAAGUCUCCCAGGGUGACUAGUCAUUUUAGUCUAUUCAAAAGGUAAAGCCAUAUGACAAUUUCAAAAUGCAUGUUAAUGACAGCUUCAAAAUAGAACGGGUUCUCCCAUGGGGGUUCCAGACAUUGUAUUUUACAUUGUGCAAUACGAGGGAACUGCAUGCAAGCUCAGGAUGCUCCCUCCUCAGUCUUUGGGGGGUUCAAAUGCAUGAUAUUGUAUGUACCUGGGGAAUUGGCCAAUUUACUAAACUGCUGGAAGGGGGGCACUCACUGGGGGGUGUCUUGAGAUGUAUUAUGCAAAGAACAAACUGAGCCAAAAAUAAAUGAAACACAGAACUCUCUUAGCCUUAAGAAAGCUAUAUAUGAAUAAUUAAGUUUACCUCACUGGUGCAUUUAAAAUGGACUUUCUUUCAUGGGAGAACCUUGAUGACAUGCACAGUUUGCAACCUUUCGUUGAUUGAUGCUAAACGUCACAGCAGUACUUGCUCAAUAAAGGUCAUAUUGGAAACAGU